UCUUAACAAAACACCAGUACCGCAGUACUUUUUUUUUCAAUGUUUUCUCUUCUUGUAUCUUCGACUUUUUUUUCAAGUAUAUGUGAUUCAGCAUCCAUCUCCAAUCUACAGUCGAUAUUAUGUUUCUAUCAGUUAGGUCGGGGGCCUCUAUGUCUACUGGAAUAAUAAGAAGAGCUUUGCUUCAACAACCGAUCCAUGCACGCAGAUUAAUAUCCUUGAAACCAGACUUUUCAAAGUUGAAGAAAAUUGAACAACCUCCCGGAUUCAUCGUUGAUACCGUUAACGAGCCUUAUAAACCUCCACAAUCUGAUCCUUACGAGGGUAGCUAUCAUUGGGCAUACGAACGCAUGGUUUCCACUGCGUUGGUUCCCUUGUUAAUGGUUCCCUUCAUCGGAGGAGUUAAUCAUCCUAUUAUUGACGCAACCUUCUGUGUGACUCUUUUAGUACACUGUCAGUCGGGGUUUAAAGCUUGUAUCAUUGAUUAUAUCCCAAAAAGAGUUUAUGGAAUUUGGCAUGGUGUGGCUUGUAAAUUAUUAUCUUUAGGUACUUUUGUUGGUUUAUACGGUAUUUAUCUUUUAGAAACAACCAGUAACGGUCUUUUCGAUUUGAUUGCAAGUCUUUGGGGUGCUUAAUUCAUCCUCUUUUCAUUUCCUUUGUAUAUAGAAUAAUUCACAACUCUCCCGUCCUAAAUUGUCCUCGUAGCUCAUAGAAAUGAAUUGUUCUUCUGUAAAAGGGUCCCGUCAAGCUCUUUCGGGUCACAGAUCAUCAUUUCCCUGCAUUCGAGCCAUACAAGUUGCCUCAUUGCAAUUGUUGCAGGUUCAAUGCUUAACCUGGAAAACUUACGAAGCAACUUCUAACGAAAGAAAGGAGAACAACACCAAAAAAAAGAAAAAAGAGGAUGCAGGCGAAGUU